CUUCGCAAACCGCUUUCAAUAUACACGUGCGGUUAAGCCACUGUGUGAAAAUAAAAUUAAUUAAGUGUUAUUAAUAUAAUUUGUGGUUUUUUGGAUUCAUUAAUCAGUGCCUUUUAAGGAUAUUAAAGAACAUUAUCAGAACAUAAAAUAAUCAAAGUAAAGGAAUAACAAGCUGUUCAUAAUGAGAAAUUUACUGCUCAUAGCACUCGUGUGCUUUACAGCUAUUCAUUCGACAAGUGCCGAUGAUGAGAAGCAAAUUAAGCUAGAAGAUAUUGAGAGAGACACAUUACUGCAUGAAACAGACCAAAGAAGUGAUGUAAAUGUGCCAAAAGAAUUGGCGCCACAGCCAACACAGCACAUUCAAUUAAGUUACAGUAAUAAUCCACAAGAUGUUUUUGUAACACCAACACCUGGACGUUAUGCAGUAAAAGCUCAUUCGAUUGCCGACUUGAGACAACAAGUCUAUCAUUUGCCAAAGGUUCACGAAGCUGAUCAAACUUACACUGUGCCAGCCAAACAGACAUUACUUAAGCCAAUAAUCGGUGGUGGUGCACCACUUCAUCCAACCAUGAUUCCACAACCACAAUAUAUUUACAUUCCAUCUCCACCUCAAGCACAUCAUCCAUACAUUUCGCAAGCUCCCGCUUACGUCAUGGUCCCAGUUAUGCAUCAAGCACCAGUUCAACCACCAGUUCCAACACCUACAAUUUACACAUAUUCACAGCCACAACCGUCAAAUGCUCCACCUACAUUCCAUAAUCUUCAUCAACAUCAACAACAUCAGCCUACUUUCCAUGCUGUUAAGUCACUAGAGUAUACAGUUCCGUCAGCACCAGUUGCUCCAUUACAUACUGCUGUAGAUUAUAAGAAUAUUCCAACACUUGUUCCAAAAGACGCAUUGCCAUCAAUCACAACAACUUCAUUCCGUCAAUAUUAUUCACCUGGAUUAGAAUAUCAUUAUACAGAAAUAGUUCCAUCGACAAAGCUUCAAUCAGCAUCGCCAUCAUAUGCCUAUCAUCAUGCACCAACCCAUAAUUAUCAUACAAACUAUGUAUCUCAACCAGCACCAAUUCAAUAUUAUCAAAACGCUCCUACUUAUAAGCAUCAACCAUCACAAGCUCUCUUCGAGCCAUAUCAUUCAGGUCCAGCACCAGUGACAUAUGCUAAGCCACAAAUAAGUUAUAAAAAUUAUUAUCCAUCAGCGCCAUCAUUACCACAACAAUUAUUUACACCUGCAAACUAUCCUUCAUCAUCCUCAUCAUCACACUACCCAUAUCCAUCCUCACAAGUAUAUAAUACAAUUGCAUACUCAGUUCCAUAUCAGCAAUAUGAUCACAGUAAGAGAUCAACAAAAUCAACAGCAACAGCUUCAGUGAAUGUAAAAGCACCAAAAUCAUCAUAAUCACUUUUUUUUCGUUAUUUAAUUCUCGUGUUUUAAUGAUCUUUUAUUAAAUAAUAAUAUUUUUAUGAAUAAUAUAUUUUUACCUGCUAUAAAGUUGCUAUCUCUUCAUAAUUUUUUAGUAUAUCAAAAAUGCUCAUAAACUGUUGUUUUCUAUUAAACUGCCUGCUAUUUGUUAAGUUAAAGAGAUGUGCGAAAAUUAUUAUAAUUUAACUAGUCG